GAACAAAAUAUAUAUAGUGGCCAGUGGCCUCCACUAGCCAGAUACGCUGGCCGGCAAGAUGCUUGCCGAUGCAUGCAUAGCAUCGUCACUCCGCCCGGGCCAGCCGUUCCGUUCUGAUCCUCUCUUGGCGAUUUUUCUUCCCUCCGGUCGCCCGUCCAGCUUCGCCAAGAGCCAGAGCCCCCAAAGCGGAGGCGAGCAUCCGGGCGUAUCGGCGGCCCGCGUGGCCAUGGGAACCGAAGAGCCGGUUAAUUUAGCAACCGCCGCCUCUCUGGUCUCUACUUGUGGCGUGGUUCCAGGAGUAUAAACAAACCCGCGCGGCCACGUCUCAUCCAUCGCCACUCCUCCUCGUAGCUCCUCCUGGAUCGAUCCAUAUCAUCUCCGAACUUUCCAUUCCGUUCUUUCUUUCUUGAACCUUCGAUUGAUCGCCGGAUCACUCGAUCUCCAAUUCUCCAUCCCCGUUCUUGUUCCUGCGCGCAUUGUAUACUGCCGGUGGACGGGACGGCAUGGAUCAGGGCGUGAGCCCCAGCCCUGCUAGCGCGCGCGCCGGCGCGGGCAUUCGCUGGGAGCCGCACGGGCGGAUGCUGACGGCGUGCCUGGUGGCGCUCAACGUCUUCCUCGUCCUCCUCGUCUACGUCUACUUCUGGCGCUUCUUCUCGCGCACCCGCGGCGGCGGGGGCGAGGACGGCGGCGACGUGGAGGCGGCGUCCUCCGCGGCCUCGUCGCCCAAGGCCGGGGACCGGCGGGAGGUGGAGUUCGCCAUCACCGCUCUCCCCGUCUUCGUCGUGCGCCGCACCUCGUCCGGUGCCGGCGGCGGCGCUGACACCAGCCCGGAGUGCGCGAUCUGCAUCGCUGAGUUCGCGGACGGCGAGGAGGGCCGGCUGCUGCCGCGGUGCGGGCACCGGUUCCACGCGCGCUGCGUCGACGCGUGGUUCCGGUUCCACACCACCUGCCCGCUCUGCCGCGCCACCGUCCUCGCGGACGCCGCCCCGGCGGCGCCAUCGGCGGAUCCGACGGCGCCGAGCCAGCCGUCGCGUCGUACGGAUACGGAUCGGCCGAGUACGAGUACGGACGCGGGGGAUGCGGAUUCUCCGGUGUGAGGAUCGACUAGUUUUUUUAGGCUUUGUCUGUGGAUUUGGAGGGAGGCUUGGCUGCUGAUGCAAGCGGCACGCACCUCGGUUCUUGUUUGUUGUUGGGUGGAUGUGGAUCGAUUGAGACAUCUUCGUUUCUUUAGCUUCUUCUUCCUUCCCCUUUCUGUUUUCCACUGCGUGUAUAAAGUAUACGUAUUUCGGCAGUGUGAUCUACUUAGAUAGCUGUAAAUGCCUUGAUGUACAAAUUGAACUAGCUUAGUCUUGGUUACGUAUAGUACUUUGUG